AUGGGAGAGACAACGUCAGUUCAGAUGCAGAAUAUAUACUUUGGCCUAGGCAAUGAGCCGGGAGUGCUCAAGUUUGCCCCCACCGGUUUAGGAUGGAAAACGCCCGAAACUGAUAGAGUCGUUACUGCAUCUUCAGAAGAAUUCAGAAAGAUACAAUGGCUGCGUGUUGCUCGUAAUUAUCAACUAAGAAUACAAUUGAAGAAUGGAAAUGUUAUGAAGUUUGAUGGAUUUAUAAAAGACGACUAUGAUACUCUAAAAGACUUAAUACGCGCUAAUUACAAACUAAACCUCGAGAUCAAAGAGCUCAGUGUGAAAGGAUGGAAUUGGGGGAAAACGGAAUUUCAGGGAUCACAACUCCUUUUUAAUGUUGGCAAUAAAACAAUGUUUGAACUUCCACUCAAUCAAGUUGCAAACACGAGUCUUGCUAACAAGAAUGAAGUAGGAAUCGAGUUUAUGCAACCAGAACAGAUGGAUGAAGAUGCUCAACGGAAAAUCAAACGACAAACAACACAUGAAUUGGUCGAAAUGAGAUUCUUUAUACCGGGGACGACACUAGUUAAGAGUGGUGAAGAUGGGGAAACGAGUCAGGGAGAUAAAGAGAAUGAAGCCGAGGAGAUGGAAGAGCGAAGCGCGGCCGCGAUAUUUCAUGAUACCGUCAAAGAAUUGGCUGAUCUUGGCCAAGUUUCCGGAGAUGGCAUCGUUCUAUUUUCGAGUGUAUUGUUGCUUACACCACGUGGUCGUUAUGACAUUGAGAUGUUUUCUUCUUUCCUUCGACUUCGCGGCAAGACAUACGAUUACAAGAUACAAUAUUCAAGCAUCAUCAAACUGUUUUUAUUGCCAAAAUUAGAUGAGAUUCAUACUAUGUUUGUGAUUGGUCUAGAUCCGCCAAUACGCCAAGGACAAACACGUUACCCGUUCCUGGUAAUGCAAUUUGUUAAAGAUGAAGAGACAGAUGUGGUGCUGAACAUAGAUGAAGAAGUUCUAGCCACACAAUACGACGGGAAAUUAGAACCCAAGUACGAAGCCCCGACGUACGAAGUUGUUAGCACAUUAUUUAAAGUGUUAUCACAGCGUAAGGUUACUGUUCCCAACAAGUACCGGAGUCAUCACUCUGCAUCUGCAGUGAAAUGCUCUAUGAAAGCAAAUGAGGGCUACUUAUAUCCGCUUGAAAAAUGCUUUCUGUUUAUUCCUAAACCGACGACGUUUAUUCCUAAUGUGGAUAUCGACAACGUCACAUUUUCGAGAGUAUCUGGGAAUCUGUCGACUUCGAGAACAUUUGACUUGAGGUUUAAUAUGAAGAGUGGCGUUGAUUAUCAGUUCUCGAGUAUAAAUAGAGAAGAGUACAAUAAUUUAGAAUCUUUCAUUCAAAGUAAAGGAAUCAAAACAUCUAAUGAGAUGAAUGAUGACGGCACUAUUUCGUAUGAUCAACUGGAUGCAGAGUUAGGAGAGGAUGAUGAUGAUACUGAACUACCACCGCGAAGAUCUAUCCGUCCUGGUGAUGGCUACAAGGAUGACAUGGACAUAGAUGAGGACAGCGUUGACGAAGAUUUCCAAGCUGGAGAUACCGAGAGCGACGUAGAAGAAGAAUUUGACGAAAAUUAUGUCGGUGGCGCAACAUCUUCGGAAGAUGAUUGA